CUGUCAACAACAUCUGUCAAAAUAAUUUAUUCACCGGACAGCUGAGUUGUGUGUUGGAUUGUGAUUUUAUUUUGGAAAUAAAAGUAAAGUGAUAUUUACAAGAUGUUUUCUAUAGACGCACCAUUGGAGCUGCAGAAUACUGAAUAUUGCAACUACCGGUCUCCACUAAGCACUAGAUAUGCGUCAAAGGAAAUGCAGUACAAUUUCAGUGACCAGAAGAAGUUUUCCACAUGGAGGAAGCUCUGGAUCUACCUGGCUAAAGCUGAAAAGGAGCUCGGGCUGGACAUCUCGGAGGAGCAGAUCGCGGAGCUGGAGGGCGCUGUGCACGACAUCGACUGGGCCACCGCCGCCGAGCAGGAGAAGAAGGUCCGCCACGACGUGAUGGCGCACGUGCACACACUAGCCCAGCGCUGCCCGAAGGCGGCGCCCAUCAUCCACCUGGGGGCCACCUCGUGCUACGUGGGCGACAACACCGACCUCAUCACGCUCAAGCACGGGCUGGACCUGCUGCUGCCGCGGCUCGCUGCCAUCAUCAGCCGAUUGUCCAAGUUCGCUGAUGAGUACAAGUCCCUUCCAAUCCUGGGCUUCACUCACCUGCAGCCCGCUCAGCUCACGACGGUGGGCAAGCGAGCCUCGCUGUGGCUCAGCGACCUGCUGAUGGACGAGCGCGCCCUGUCCCGCGCCCGCGACGACCUGCGCUUCCGAGGAGUCAAGGGCACCACAGGUACCCAAGCUUCCUUCCUCACUCUCUUCAACGGGGAUACUGCCAAGGUUCGCGCUCUCGACGAGAAAGUCGCCAAACUAGCCGGCUUCGACAAGCGUUACCUCGUCACUGGACAAACCUACUCCAGGAAAGUAGACUUAGAGGUCAUUUCUGCACUAGCUGGCUUGGGAGCCACAGUUCAUAAGAUGUGCUCAGACAUUAGAAUCUUGGCCUCCAGAAAGGAAAUUGAGGAGCCAUUUGAAGCAUCUCAAAUUGGGUCCAGUGCUAUGGCCUACAAGAGGAACCCCAUGAGAUCUGAGCGUUGCUGCGCGUUGGCUCGCCACCUGAUCUCCCUGCACUCGAAUGCAGCCAACACUCACGCUGUCCAGUGGCUGGAGCGCACUCUGGAUGACUCCGCCAAUCGCCGUAUCACUCUAGCUGAAGGCUUCCUCACUGCCGAUGCUACCCUACUGACUCUGCUGAACAUUUGCCAAGGACUCGUGGUCUACCCUAAAGUUAUUGCUCGCCAUAUUGCCCAGGAGCUACCGUUCAUGGCUACCGAGAAUAUUAUCAUGGCUAUGGUGCAAGCUGGUGGAGACCGGCAAGUUUGUCAUGAAAAGAUCAGAGUGUUGUCUCACGAAGCCGGUGCUCAGGUGAAACAGCACGGUAAAGACAAUGACCUCAUCGAGCGAGUCAAGAAAGACCCUUACUUUAAGCCUAUUAUUCCGAAGUUGGACAGUCUGCUUGAACCAUCAACCUUCAUAGGCAGAGCACCAGAACAAGUUACUGAAUUUAUCGAUGAAGAAGUGAACGAGGUAUUGAAGAAAUACCAAGGUGUUCUGGAGGCGGUUGAGAAACCAGUCUCACUGAAUAUUUAAGUAAAUUAUAU